GGGGGGCAGUUUGGUCACUCCGUCCCCGCCAGGGUUUGACGUCGUCGUCUCUCUCUCGGCGGCCCGUCCGGCCGUCCCCGUCCCGUCUCUUGCGUACUCCGCCACCAACCGCUUUUGCUUGCCGCUACUCGCCGCCUGCCAAAAGCAGCCGUCCUCCCUAGCUCGCCCGCCCGAAGCGACGCCUGACUUCGCAUCUGUUUCGUUCCACCCGCCCCGCGAGAAGCUUCUAGAAGGGGGAGACCCGCCGGAGCCAUGCCGGAGGAGGAGUCGACGUCGAUCCCGCUCAGCCAGGCGGCGGAGGCCGUCGACCCCGAGGACCCAGCCAAGUCGCCGCCGCGACCCAGCUCGCCCACCACCUCCACACGCAAGGCAUGCUGUGCUGUUCUUCAAAGUUGGGUCUCAAGAAAAUUUAUGACUGGAUGUGUAGUCCUUUUCCCUGUUGCAGUCACGUUCUUCAUCACAUGGUGGUUUAUUCAAUUUGUUGAUGGGUUUUUCAGUCCCCUAUAUGCAAAACUUGGAAUCAACAUAUUUGGUCUUGGUUUUUUGACUUCUCUGGUAUUCAUAUUUCUGGUUGGAAUAUUUGUUUCUUCAUGGGUUGGUUCAACCAUCUUCUGGGUGGGAGAGUGGUUUAUAAAGAAAAUGCCAUUUGUAAGGCAUAUAUAUUCAGCGUCAAAGCAAGUCAGCACUGCAAUUUCACCAGAUCAAAAUACGACAGCUUUCAAAGAAGUUGCAAUAAUUCGUCAUCCACGAAUUGGUGAAUAUGCAUUUGGAUUCAUAACAUCAACGGUGGUCCUUCAGACUGACAAAGGCGACGAAGAACUGUGUAGUGUGUAUGUGCCAACAAAUCAUUUGUACAUCGGUGAUAUAUUUCUGGUGAACUCUGAGGAGGUCAUAAGACCUAAUUUAUCUAUUCGAGAAGGAAUCGAAAUAAUUGUUUCAGGAGGGAUGACCAUGCCUCAGGUGAUUGCAUCACUGGAGCCCAUGCCACGGAAAAGCCAGAACAUUCGUCUAAAUAGAAUGACGUGAUGUAAAACAAGCCACAUGCAUCAAGAUAGCAUGACCUGUGUGCUUAGCCAUGUGAUUUGGAUAGAGGAGCAGCUUUGUGCUGAGCUAUUGUGGCAUUCUGUAGUGCAGGGGAAGCAUCGUGUUGAUGCCCAGGGAUAUUAUUCCCACACAAGUUGUGCUACUCAUUGUGCGGGGUGUUUGGUUUCUAGGUACUAAUUUUUAGUCUCUUCAUUUUAUUUUAUAAAUUAUCAAAUACGAAAACUAAAAUAGAGUUUUAGUUUCCGUAUUUGUCAAUUUAGAGACUGAAAUAAAAUAAAAUAGAUGGAUUAAAAAUUAAUCCUCAGAAACCAAACACCCCUAACACUGGUCCAAAAUGCUAACGUCUAUGCUUGAGGUGCAUUAUUGAUUAAAUUCGUUUAUAACUGUGAUGUAUAACAUCUUACGUUACAAAGAGAGCACACAACGCUCUGACCAAUUUUCUUCUUUCAGACUUACAAUUUCUUCAUUUUAUUUUAUCGUGUAAUGUGUUUAACUGGCUAUGAUCCAGCUUUAGG